AUGUCCAUCAUAUAUCUUCCAAAUAUCCUACUCUCCAUAUCAAGAAACCCAGUCACUGCCCUAGCAUUCCCACUAGCUCUUGGUGUCCUCAGUGGUACUCCAACUGCCAAAGUCGUACGAGGGCCAUGGUACAAUAACCUUUUAUUUCCUCCUGGUCGUGUUCCAAGACAGGUCUUUCCGAUUGUCUGGCCUCUACUCUAUCUCUGCAAGUCAAUGGGAUACGCAUCUCACAUCGCAGUAAAAGUAUUGGACGUUUCUGUCUCAUCUUCCAGCCGCUCCUCCCUUACUCUUGGCGUCGCCCUUUACUACGCGCAGCUUUGCAUGAAUUUAGCUUGGACGCCACUUUUCUUUGGCUACAAACAGGCAAGACCAACCACUGUCGGCGUUGCUCUCAUCGACAGCAUAUUGAUGGCUGGAACGACAUUGUAUGCGACUAAGCUCUUUGAUGGACCCACUAAUUCCCGAACGACUUACUUUUUGGUUCCUUACUGUGGAUGGCUUUGCUUCGCGACGUAUUUGAAUGCCGGAAUUUGGUGGUUGAACAGCAAACGUCGGUUGGGAAAGAACGUUUGA